AAAUCAGCUGAGCCCCUUCACAACAUCUGCUCUCCGGGGACCCGGAAGGCACCACGUGAUGAGUUUUGGACAGGUGAGGUCAGAGGUAGGCGUGUGCGCGUGCGCGUGAGAGCGCGAGCGAGAGAGGGAGAGCGAGAGAGAGAGAGGCAGCAUCAGCAGAGCGGAGCCAUGGCCACAGCCGUUCAACCUCAGUGCUCCGUGUGCGGUUCGACUUGAAUUUGACCGACGACAAGCCGCCGAGAUGAUGAUGAAGAUGAUGAAGAUGUCCUCCUCCUCCAGCCGGUCACCUGUCAGGGCACAUUCCUGAGGCGCAGCGACACGACUUAGCGACGAUGGAGUGGGAUUCAUCCGACGACAGACUGGGAACACCUAUGGACGACCCCCUCGACGAAUCGGAUUUGUCCCAGUCAAAGGGCCCGGACCCCGGCAACAUCUCAGAACUCGAAUUCUCGUGCCACUGUUGCUACGACAUCCUGGUGAACCCCACCACUUUGACCUGCGGCCACAACUUCUGCCGCCACUGUCUGGCUCUGUGGUGGGAAUCCUCGCACAAGAACGAGUGUCCCGAGUGCCGGGAGAAGUGGGAAGGCUUUCCCAAGAUCAACAUACUGCUGAGGGAUGCAACUGAAAAGCUGUUCAGUGACGUCGUUCAGGAGAGGAGAGCGGUGAUCCAGGACAACCCCAAAAUCUCCCGGAGCCUGUUGGCCUUCCAGAGAUAUGUCGACAACUUGGGCAGAUCCAGGACAAACAAGCACAAAGGAGCAGGCUUCUUCUUCUCUGGCGUCCUAACUGCACUCACAUGCGUGGCCGUGAUGGUGCUGGUGUAUCACUGGAGCGGUGGCAUGGCGGAGCAGCACGACCUGCUGAUCAGUAAACCGGUGUCUCACUGGACGGCGGAGGAGGUGGUGUCCUGGCUGGAGCACCUGGGGCCCUGGGCCCAGCUCUACAGAGAACCCUUCCAACAGGAAAACGUCAACGGAAGGCUGCUGUUGAUGCUGGGGGACGAAGAGUUGUCGAAGCCGCCUUACAGCAUCGAGAACCAGGCGCACCGACGGGCUGUUAUGGCCGAACUGGACAGAGUGAAAGCCCUGGGGGUCAAACCUCCGCAGAACCUCUGGGAAUACAAAGCGGUGAACGCCGGGAAGUCUCUGUUCCUGUUGUAUGCGCUGAAGCGCUCGCCGCGUCUCACUCUCUUCUACUUGUAUCUAUUCGACUACGCGGAAACCUUCCUGCCCUUCAUGCACACCUGCUGUCCGGCCAUGGUGCACAUGGAGCAACCGGUGGAGAGCAGCUUCCUCCACACACAGUCGGAGCCCAACUGGCGACAGUGGGCCGAGUUCCUGGUGAAGUACGUCCUGCUUCCGUACCAGCUUAUAGCGGAGUUUGCCUGGGACUGGCUGGCCGUCCACUACUGGACGUCUCGCUUCAUCAUCGUCAACGCCAUGCUGCUGUCGGUUCUGGAGGGCUGUGCGCUAUGGAGCCUCUGGACAAGAGCCAGGUUCAGUACUCUGCCACGCAAGAUGUGGAACCACAUGUGGAAGGUGUUAUCUCAGGGCUUCGCCUUCGCCCUGCUGUGGCCUUUCGUCCCCCAGUUUGUGUGCAACUGCUUCUUCUACUGGGCUCUUUACUUCAGUCCCGUCGUCAACAUAGACCUGGUGGUACAGCAGCUGAUGCACCCUGAAACGCAGGCGCUGUGACCACACCGCAUGCAGCCGGUGCCCCGUUCAGUGCCACGCAGUUCAACAGCACAUAAAAAGUCAAUGGCUCAGAAAGCCAGUUGCUGAAAACUAUUUAUUAUCAGCAUUAAAAGCUCACAAGGCUGGCUUCGUCUGCUGCUGUUGGAGAUGAAGUUUUCUCGCUUCAUGUCUUGUCUCUUGAGCUGCAACGGUUGCCAUGUGGAACAAGACGAGAGAGAGACUCUGAGCUACUGUGGGAGAAGCAAAAACCAAUGAAGUGAGAGACGGUGAAAACAUCAGAGAGAUGAAUGCAUUGGACUCUCCAACCAGACCGCCUACUCUAAAUGAUGCGAGGGGGGGUAUGCAAAUGAUAAGUUAUGUUUGUUCAUUGGUGACGAUGAAGACUGGCAUGUGAUAGCUUUGUAGCACUGAGAUGGGUCGUCCAGUCAAAGAACUAUUUUGUAACUAUUUUCAAAUCACCUUUUGCUCGAUAAGUAUCAGUUUGAAUUAUGCAGUAUUAUGAUACAAAUCCUUAUUCUGCAUACAUUUCAGUGCGCUCGCUCUUGUUGCUCUGGCUACGACUGCGAUCUCGGUGCGACAGAGCCGUCCGUCGAUUCAUCCCACAAGGUUUGGUAACGUGAUUAUGAAUUCCCUUCACAGAUUUGUGGCACUUAAAUUUGAAUAAAACUUAUGUUCUUAAAAUUAUUUUUGGGAUGCUGAUUUGUUUUUGUUUUUAAGUGAUUUUAAGGAGAAGCUGUUUGAAACAGAUUUUAUUUGCUUGUACAGCCUGACAAAGAUUUGAGUUGCACCUUUUUUUGUAAUUGUUCAUAAUAGUUUUGUUUGCAGUAGACAUGACAUAUACAUGUGCUGGGUGGGCAGAACUAAUCAAAGACAUGCUAUUUUUUUACAUUGUUCAGUUGCACUUAAAAAGGUUCUACACUGUGAUUUUGUCCUUCAAGGUUCUCUGAUGAAAAAGGAAAAAUAAAGAUUUUUAAAUGUUA